AUGGGGUUAAUAUCUGAAGGCAAGCCUCUUCCUUGGGAACAAGUGAAAAAGUAUGCUGACCAUAUUCGUAACCGUGGAAUAAACCAAUUCUUAUCAAUUUAUAAUAAAACAAAGGAUAGGGAAAAAGAUAAUUUGUUAUGGGGUGACGAGAUCGAAUAUAUGGUAAUUGCAUAUGAUGAUGAAAACAAGAACGCAAAGCUAUCAUUAAGAACUUCUGACAUUUUGCACAAUUUGCAAAAAGAAGUAGAGGAAACAUUGAGAAAAGGUGAAUUAGUCGAAGUAUCAUGGCAACCCGAGUUUGCAGUGUAUAUGAUCGAAGGAAUACCUGGUAUUCCUUAUGGGAGCAAUUUAAAAAGCCUACUUCGAGUUGAACAAAAUAUGAAACUUAGAAGGGCAACUGCAUUCAAAUAUUUAAGCCAAAAUGAAAGUAUAAUUACUUUAACCAACUUUCCACGUCUUGGCUGUCCAGGUCAAUUUUUAGAGCCUCAUCAUGAACCGUUUGGGCCUAAAUUAAAAAGCUCAUUUGUGCCGGAUGAAAUUUUGAAUCCCCACAUUAGAUAUCAAGCAGUAAAUAAUGGGUUUAACAGUCGUCUAGGAUCAAAUGUUACUAUUAAUAUACCGGUUUUUCAAGAUAAAAAGAGUCAAAUUUUAUUUUCAGAUUGUGAAAGAGCAUUACCAGGUCAUAUAUAUAUGGAUUCUCAUGCUUUUGGAGCAGGCUGUUGUAGUCUGCACGUAACUAUUCAAGCCUGUAAUAUUAGAGAAGCUAGGAAACUAUAUGACCAAUUAGCAGUUUUGGGUCCUAUAAUGUUGGCAUUAACCGCUGCAUCACCAAUUUGGCGAGGCUAUCUGUCUGAUAUGGAUUGUAGAUGGAUUGUACUUGAGAUAAGUGGUGACGAUCGUACAAAAGAAGAACGGGGUUUAGAACCUCUCAAAAAUGAUCGAUUCGUAAUAAAUAAGUCACGCUGGGAUACAAUCGCUUAUUAUAUAUCAGCUGACAAAACUCUAAAGUCGGAAUAUAAUGAUCAAAAUUCAGUGUAUGAUCGAAAUAUUUAUAAAAAAUUAAUAGAUAAUGGAGUUGAUGAGCUUUUGGCACGCCAUAUGUCUUACUUAUUUAUUCGUGAUCCUCUUUUUCUCUUUGAAGAUUCGUUGCAUCAAGAUGAUGAAUCGUCAUCAAAUCAUUUUGAGAAUAUUUAUUCAACAAACUGGCAAACGGUACGCUUCAAACCUCCACCACCAAACUCGGAUAUUGGUUGGCGGGUAGAAUUUCGUUGCAUGGAAGUUCAAAUAACUGAUUUUGAAAAUGCAGCAUUUGUAACUUUCAUGUUACUUUUGACUCGUAUUAUUCUUAGUUAUGACCUAAAUUUUUAUAUACCAAUCUCAAAGGUAGAUGAAAAUAUGACUAUUGCUUAUAAGAGGGAUGCAUUAAAUACAGAAAAAUUUUGGUUCAGAAAGAAUAUAUUUGCAGAUUAUGAUGGAGUUGAAGAUGAAUUUGAACAAAUGACUAUUAAUGAAAUUGUAAAUGGCAAUAGUAACGAAUUUCCGGGGUUAAUUAAUGUAAUAUUUCAAUAUCUCGAAUCAAUGAACAUUGAUAUUGAAACAAGAUAUCAUUUGGGAAAGUACCUUGAAUUUAUUGGCAUGCGAGCUAGUGGCAAAAUCCAAACGGCAGCGACAUGGAUAAGAAAUUUUGUACGAUCCCAUCCAAAUUAUAACCAUGAUUCAAUAGUUUCUCAAGAAAUUAAUUAUGAUCUUAUAAAAAUGGUAGAAGGAAUACAAAAAGGUCAAGUUAAAGCGCCUGAAUUAUUGAGUGAAUUUAAAGUUCAAUGA